AUGGGGAGCAAUAACUGGAUUGCACGGGCAAUGAGGAAGAGGGCAAAGGUCAGCAAAAAGCAACUGAUAAGAAUCUUUGCUUUAAUUUCUGGUGGUAGCUCUAUUUUUGCAUCGGCAAGAGCACUUCUGUUAACAGUCAUCACCAUUAAGACUGCCCAGCACUUCUGGAAAUGCACAUGCGAUGCAGGAGAAGAAGAAGAAGAAGAAAGCAAUGAAUCCGAGGCUCUGAAAUACAAAGCUGCAGCAAUUGCUUCUAUCCUUUUUGCUGGAGUUCUUGGAGUUGGUCUUCCAAUUCUUGGAAAGACUAUCCCUGCUUUAAGCCCUGAAAAGAAUAUCUUCUUCAUCAUUAAAGCUUUUGCGGCUGGGGUUAUAUUGUCGACUGGCUUUAUCCACGUGCUUCCUGAUGCUUUUGAGAGCUUGACAUCGCCAUGCCUGAAUGAAAAUCCUUGGGGUAAAUUUCCCUUCACGGCGUUUGUGGCAAUGGUGUCAGCAAUUGGGACUUUGAUGGUGGAUUGUCUUGGAAGUUCUUACUUUACUAGGUUGCACCUCAACAAGGCUCAACCUGAGGAGAAUGGGGAUGAGGAGAAGGCGGCAGUAGAGUCACACGAGGGUUAUGUUCAUCUUCAUACUCAUGCAACUCAUGGCCAUUCUCUUGGUCCAAUUGAUAGUUCUGGUUCAUGUGCUGCACUUGAAGGAACUUGA